GGCAUUUUGAACUGGCACCAGUUCCUGGAAGGCCCGGAUGGCGUGGAAAACUCGAGGUUCGGCUCCGCGAUCGCCGCCCUCUCGGACAUCAACAUGGACGGCUUCAAUGACGUGAUCGUCGGGUCGCCCCUGGAGCAUCAGAACGCGGGAGCCGUGUACAUCUACAACGGCCACGGCCGCACCGUCCGCACCAGGUUCUCCCAGAAAAUCCUGGGAUCCGACCGGGCCUUCCGGAGCCGGCUCCAGUACUUCGGGAGGUCCUUGGACGGCUAUGGAGACCUAAAUGGGGAUUCCAUCACCGAUGUGUCCGUUGGUGCCUUUGGACAAGUUGUUCAGCUCUGGUCGCAGAGCAUUGCUGAUGUGUCUGUAGACGCUUCGUUCACACCAGAAAAAAUCAUCUUGUCCAACAAGAAUGCGGAGAUCCGCCUCAAGCUCUGCCUGUGGGCGAAGUUCCGGCCCGCCACGCCAAGAAGCCGCGUGGCCAUUACCUAUAACAUCACCAUCGACGCGGACCUGUACUCGUCCCGCGUGACCUCCAGGGGGCUGUUUAAGGAGAACAGCGACCGGUACCUGCAGAAGGACGCCAUCGUCGGGCCAGGACAGACUUGCUCUGAGUUCGCCAUCCACAUACAGGAGCCCUCGGAUGUCGUCAACGCCCUGAGUCUCCUCGUGAACAUCAGCCUGGCCCACCCCGGCACCAGCCCCGCCCUGGAGGCCUACUCGGACACGGCCAAGGUCUUCAGUAUCCCGUUCCACAAAGACUGUGGGGACGACGGCGUGUGCAUCUCCGACCUGGUGCUUGAGGUCCGCCAGCUGCCAGCUGCUCAAGAACAACCCUUUAUUGUCAGCAACCAAAACAAGAGGUUAACCUUUUCAGUGACACUGAAAAACAAAAGGGAGAGUGCGUACAACACUGGGCUCCGUGUGGAUUUCUCAGAAAACCUGUUUUUUGCUUCCUGGUCCAUGCCGGUGGACGGAACGGAAGUGACGUGCCAGGUGGCUGCCUCUCAGAAGUCCGUGGCCUGCGAUGUAGGCUACCCCGCGCUGAAGCCAAAACAGCAGGUGACGUUUACGAUUAACUUUGACUUCAAUCUUCAAAACCUUCAGAAUCGGGCAUCUGUCAGUUUCCAGGCCUCAAGCGAGAGUGAGGAAGCCAACGAGGCAGACAAUGCGGCCAACUUCACCGUCCGCCUGCUGUACGACGCGGAAAUCCACAUCACCAGGUCGACCAACAUCAACUUUUACGAAGUCUCGGAUGGGCAUGUUCCUUCCACGGUGCGCACCUUCGAUGACAUCGGCCCCAAAUUCGCCUUCUCCGUUAAGGUGACCACCGGCAGCAUCCCCGUGAGCAUGGCCUCCGUCCGCAUCCGCCUCCCCCAGCUCACCACCGACAAGAACCCGCUCCUGUACCUGAUGGGCGUGCACACGAGCCAGGCCGGCGACAUCAGCUGCAGUGCCGACGUGGACCCGCUGAAAAUAGGACAGACUCCGGCUUCUGUGUCUUUCAAGAGCGAGAAUUUCCGGCACCUCAAAGACCUGAAGCUCGUCUCAGGGUUUGCCGACACGCUAGCCCCUCAGCGUGUCCUCCCUUCCGUGAAAACGGUUUGAUUGUGUCAAAGUGACGGUUGCUACGUGGGAACAACAUAAACCGAACAUGACGACUCAGAAAACCACAAGAAACGGCAGUUCUCAGAAGCAGAGCAGCUGGGCACUCGUGUGACGAGCAGCCGCCGCCACGCCCUCAGCGUUAGUGCACACGUGGACACGUGUGUGCGCUGCUACGUGCAUGUCCUAGGCUAGUGAUGGCGAACCUUUUGAGCUCGGCGUGUCAGCAUUUUGAAAAACCCUAACUUAACUCUGGUGCCGUGUCACAUAGAGAAAUUUUUUUAUAUUUGCAACCAUAGUAAA